AUGGCCCUCCACGGAGUCUUUUUCUUUAUUAUAUGUGAAUUGCCAAAUAUUCUUGAGAAUUGUCUUACAUAUCUUUCUUUUUUUCUUUCUCCCUGUCACUCUUAUUUUCCUUUUUUCUUUCUUUUUUCUUACUUUUUUCCUUCUUUCUUUCUUUCUUUCUUUCUUUCAAUCUUCAUACAUGUAUGGCGUACUUUUGUCUUUUUUCAUAUCUCUCUCAUCUUCCCUUUUUCUUUCUCCCUGUCUCUUUUAUAUAAAUUUCUUUUUCUUUCCACAUAUCGCUCUUAUAUAUCUUUCUUUUUUCUUCCUCUCUGUCACUCUUAUAUUUUUCUUUCUUUCUUUCUUUCUUCAUUUUUUUCUUUCUUUCUUUCUUCCCCACAGUCUUCAUACAUUUAUAUAUAUCUUUCUUUUUACUUUCUCUCUAUCACCCUUAUGUAUCUUUCUUUCUUUAUUUCUCCAUAUGUUGUUUCUUUCUCCAUAUAUCGUUUUUUCCCAUAUCUUCCUCACAUAUCUUUCUGUUAUCGUUCUCCACAUCUCUCUUAUAACUUCCUUUUCUUUCUCCAUACCUCUCUUAUAUAUCUUCGUUUUUUAUUCUCCAUAUCUUUCUUAUAUAUCUUUCUUUCUCCAUUAUAUGUCUUUCUUUUUUCUCUCUAUAUCCCUCUUGCAUAUAUUUCGUUUUUUUCAUUCUGCCUGUCUCUCUUAUAUAACUCCCUUUUUUCUUUCUUUAUUUCUUUCUUAUAUAUCUUUCUUUUUUACCACAUAUUCCUUAUAUAUCUUUUCUUCAUAUCUUUCUUAAAUAUCUUUAUUCUUUCUAUCCUUCAUCUCAUUUACAUAACUUUUUCAUUUUCUUUCUUCAUCUCUGCUUUAUAUAUCUUUUUACUUUCUUUCUCCCUGUCUCUCUUAUAUACAGGGUCUUCCCUUUUACUUUCUCUCUGUCUCUCUUAUAUAGCAUUCCUUUUUCUUUCUUCCUGUCUCUCUUAUAUAGCUUUCAUUUUUCUUUCUUCCUGUCUCUCCUAUCUGGCUUUCCUUUUUCUUUUUCUGUCUCUCUUAUAUAGCAUUCCUUUUUCUUUCUCCCUGUCUCUCUUAUAUAGCAUUCCUUUUUCUUUCUCCCUGUCUCUCUUAUAUAGCUUUCCUUUUUCUUUCUCCCUGUCUCUCUUAUAUAGCAUUCCUUUUUCUUUCUUCCUGUCUCUCUUAUAUAGCUUUUCUUUUUCUUUCUUCCUGUCUCUCUUAUCUGGCUUUCCUUUUUUUUCUCUAAUUCCUUUUUUCUUUCUCCCGUGUCUCUCUUAUAUAGCUUUCCUUUUCUUUCUCCUGUCUCUCUAUAUAUCAUUCCUUUUUCUUUCUUCCUGUCUCUCUUAUAUAGCAUUCCUUUUUUUUUAUUCCCUGUCUCUCAUAUAUAGCUUUCCUUUUUCUUUCUCCCUGUCUGUCUUAUAUAGCUUUCCUUUUUCUUUCUCCCUGUCUCUGUUAUAUAGCUUUCCCUUUUCUUUCUCCCUGUCUCUCUUAUGUAGCUUUCCUUUUCUUUCUCUCUGUCUCUCUUAUAUAGCUUUCCUUUUUCUUUCAGUCGGGCUCUCUUAUAUAGCGUUUUUUUUUCUCCCUGUCUUUUCGUAUAUUUUUUUUUUUUUUCCUGCCUCUCUUAUAUAUCAUUCCUUUUCUUUCUUCCUGUCUCUCUUAUAUAGCAUUCCUUUUUUUAUUCCCCUGUCUCUCAUAUAUAGCUUUCCUUUUUUUCUCCCCUGUCUGUCUUAUAUAGCUUUCCUUUUCUUUCUCCCUCUUUCCUUUUUCUUUCUCUGUCUCUCUUAUAUAGCUUUCCUUUUCUUUCACUUUCUUUUUUUCUUUUCCUUCCUCUCUUAUAUAUCAUUCCUUUUUCUUUCUUCCUGUCUCUCUUAUAUAGCAUUCCUUUUUUUUAUUCCCUGUCUCUCAUAUAUAGCUUUCCUUUUUCUUUCUCCCUGUCUGUCUUAUAUAGCUUUCCUUUUUCUUUCUCCCUGUCUCUGUUAUAUAGCUUUCCCUUUUCUUUCUCCCUGUCUCUCUUAUGUAGCUUUCCUUUUUCUUUCUCUCUGUCUCUCUUAUAUAGCUUUCCUUUUUCUUUCAGUCGGGCUCUCUUAUAUAGCGUUCCUUUUUCUUUCUCCCUGUCUUUUCGUAUAUAGCUUUCUUUUUUUCUUUUUCCUGCCUCUCUUAUAUGGCAUUCCUUUUUCUUUAUUCCUGUCUCUCUUAUCUGACUUUCUUUUUUCAUUCUCUCUGUCUCUCUUAUAUAGCUUUCUAUAUUCCUAUAUAUAUUUUCUCUCUCUCUCUCUCUCUUCAUCUCUCUCUCCUUCUCGUCAUCAUUCUCUCUCCCUCUUCUCUUUCACACUAUUUCUUUCUCAUUCUGACUCACUCCUUCUCUGUCUCCCUCUCUCACUCAUUCUCACACUUUCUCUCUCAUUUCUUUUCUGCUUCUCACUCUCUCUCUCUCGCUCACUCUCGCUCACUCUCACUUCUUCUCUCUCUCUCUCUCUCUCACUCAUUCUCUCAGUUUCUCUCUCACUCCUUCCUUCCAUCUCACUCCUUCCCUCCAUCUCACCUUCUCUCUCUCUCUCUCUCUCUCUCUAUUUCUCUCUCUCCGACUCCUUCUCUCUGACUCACUUUCUCUCUCACUCAGUACUUAUCCAUCUGCGCUUAUAA